UACAGGCACCAUUAAGCACAUAUUCACUUCCGUAUGAAACAAAGUCACAGAGAGUACAAGACAUCUCUAAAAAGCAAAAAGGAGAGAAAAGAAGGCCACUGAAAACGAACAGAUUUUUUCGGGAACUUGAAUAACAAGUGGCCAUGGCAGAAGAAUUAAUCCAGGGUGGUGUUUGUGGCGGAAACUGGUGGAAUCCGGCAAGAAGUUUAUUCGGUAAUUCUUCGCCGUGUUCGUCCACCAUCAACGACAUGGGAAGCUUUGGAUGGCCAAAUGAUGAAGUGGUGAAUGAUUCGAAGAGAACAUGGUCCGGUGAUAAGUCUAAUUCAGAUUCUGAUGGACAAAAGUUUCAGCAGCCAGUGAUUGACCAUUGGAAUCAAAAUUUUCUCCAAGAAAAUGGAAUAUCUGAGGGAGAUUAUUCUCACAUAAAGCAAGUAAACCAGAAUUCAGACAUGAAUUAUCAGCAACAAACUGGAAUUGACUGUCCACAGAUUAAUCAUAUGGACUGGAACUCAAAGAAUUUCUCCACUGAUGACCAAAAUCCCCCCUUUAUACUGAAUUCAGCUUCUGAUAGCUACACUUCAUCAUUUUUGCAAACUUUAUUUGAUACAGAUUCUGAUCAACCUCAACAAUAUUUAUCAGAUAGUACUCCAGCAAUUAACUUUUCAUCGACCACCAAUUAUCAGGUGAAGUCGAAAGAAUUUUUGCCGCCUUUGUCUAAACAGCAACCUGUUAGUCAUUUACAAUUUUCAGACAGCAUGCCCUUCAUGGGUACCUCAAAUGAUUUUCGAGCAAGCCUUUUUGCUUCUACACAAGCCCAGUUGUCGCCAACUCUUAACCCGUUGCGCUCAGAAUCAAAGAAAACCAGCACUGAACAAGCAUUCAAGCGUUCCCGAAUUGAAACACCAUCACCAUUACCAACCUUUAAGGUCAGAAAAGAGAAGUUGGGGGACCGAAUAACUGCCCUCCAACAGUUGGUUUCACCUUUUGGAAAGACUGAUACUGCGUCAGUUCUCCAGGAAGCAAUUGAAUACAUAAAAUUUCUCCAUGGUCAAGUCAGCGUAUUAAGUACUUCGUAUCUGAAAAAUGAAUCUCCUGUUCGAGGUCAACAGGCAGCUGAUAAACAUAAGGAUAAAGAAGGGCCAACACACGAUCUAAAAAGUCGUGGACUUUGCCUUGCUCCAAUCUUAAGCACCUUUUCAGUGGCUGCAGAGUCUGCAUCUGAUUUUUGGAACCCUACAUUCGGAGGAACAUUCAGUUAGAGAAAAAAAUUAACCAAAAAGAACCCUGAAAAAAGGUUGGGAACAGAGAAGAAACUGCAAAAAUAGAGCCAUUGUUGCCUUCUGCAAAAAAAAAAAAAAAAAAAUGGGGUAAAGUUUCAGUUAAUGCAUGGUCUGAUGUAGGCUAAAAAAUGAUAGUACAUGCCUUGCACUAAUAACUUCUCUUUGUACCGUAUAUAGUUAGUUAUGGCUAGUUGAGUAUUAAGAAAGAAAAAAUGAUAAAUUUUGUUUAUUAUGUAAAAUGGUGUCUAAUGCUAUGUAUCAUACUCAAGGUGGAAAAUGGAACUUCAAUUUUCAGAA